UUUACUAUAAAAGUUGACGACUGGGCCCAGAAAAGUAUCAUUCACUGACCAAGUUCACUUCUGUAAAGAACCCAAUCAGCUCUCAGAACAAAAUGGCCUUCAAGUUUGUCUUCGCUCUUGCCUUCGUGGCCGUUGCCAGCGCCGGAUACGCCCCCAUUGCCGCCCCCCAGGUCUACCAUGCCGCCCCUGCUGUGGCCGCCUACGCCGCUCCCGUGGCCGUGGCCCAGAAGGUCGUCGUCAAGGCCGCCGAGGAGUACGAUCCUCAUCCCCAGUACCGUUUCUCCUAUGGAGUGGACGACAAGCUGACCGGCGACAACAAGGGACAGGUGGAGGAGCGUGAUGGCGAUGUGGUCCGCGGCGAGUACUCCCUGAUCGACGCUGAUGGCUACAAGAGGACCGUCCAGUACACCGCCGACCCCAUCAACGGAUUCAACGCCGUCGUGAACCGUGAACCCCUCGUCAAGGCCGUCGCCGUUGCCCCCGUUGUCAAGACCAUCGCUCCCGUGGCCACCUAUGCCGCUCCUGCCCAUUACGCCGCCCCUGCUGUGGUCAAGACCGUCGCUCCAGUUGCCCACUACGCCGCUCCUGCUGUCGUGAAGACUGUCGCCCCCGUUGCCACCUAUGCUGCUCCUGCCCACUACGCCGCCCCUGCCGUGGUCAAGACUGUUGCCCCCGUGGCCCACUAUGCCGCCCCUGCUGCCGCCUACACCUCCUACUCGGCUCCCGCCGUCAGCUACCAUCACUAAGAUCGAAGGACACGGAGACAUACCUAGGCUCGUAGGACUCUGAAUCGAGGACUCUGAGUUGUAUAUAGAAUUGUUGGCUUUAUUAUUACUGUACAUUUAUUUAUUGACAGCACCAAUAAAAAAAUGCAUACGAGUAUGUAGAUAUAUCAUGAACACAAA